AUGGAGCCACCUGUGUGGAUGGAAUUAACUCUUUCACCUGCAAAUGCAAAGCUGGUUUCGUUGGGAAACACUGUGAAACAAAUCCAUGUAUCUUUACUACCAGACACCGAUGACUGCGUCUCUUCCCUUUGUCGAAAUGGUGGAACUUGCAAAGACGGUGUAAAUUCUUACACAUGCGUAUGUCCAAAGGAGUACACUGGGGAUCAUUGUGAAUCUAAAAAGUGCCUGAAGUCUGCUGAUGUAUUGCUCAUGGUUGACGGUUCGGGAAGUAUAACCACUCCGCAUUUCAGGAAAGUUCGUAGAUUCCUCAAGGAACUCGUGUCUCGUUUUAACGUCUCCAAGGACGGCACGCACGUCGGACUGCUCCAGUUCAGCUCUCCUUGGCUCACGAAAAUCGAGUUUGACUUGGAUAGAUACAACAACGUGAACGGUAUUAAGAAACACAUCAGCACCAUGAAAUACCAAAAAGGAAAGACCUACUUGGGCGACGCUCUCCGAAGGGCACGAGUUCAGGUAUUCGGACGUCAUAAACGCCAUAGAUUUGGUAUACCAAAAGUGUUAAUCAUUAUUACCGACGGAAGAGCCUCGGAUCAAGCCGUCGCAUUACGUGAAACUACGGCUCUCAAAAGACAAGGCGUUCAAGUGAUUGGCAUUGCUGCGGGCACGAAACAAAAUAUUGAUCGAUUUAUCAACAACCUCCAUGCGAUUGUGGCUGACAAAUCUCUUGUAUUUACGACCAGCUUUAAUGGUUUGGACACGAUUGUUGAUAAGAUCACUAAAUCAACUUGUGAUAUGGCAAAAGAUCAUUGUGAUCCCAACCCCUGCCAAAUGGGAGGUCACUGCAUCAGUGGUCACAAGUCUUUCACGUGUCGCUGUCCGAGCGGUUACAGUGGACGUCUUUGUACCGAAUGUGUCUCGCCCGAUACCCUCCCCUGGAUAUUCAUCUCGAGUUCCAUUCGCUCGAUCGAUACUGGCAUGACAUCAUCGGUCUGGGCCGUCGGCACAAACGAUGACGUCUACUUCGUCGAAGGUCGGAAAUUGACCCUGGUCCAUCGCAAGAUGAGACAUGUGAGCGCGGGCGAAGCCGGGGUUUGGGGUGUAGCUCCGAACGGCUUAGCCUUCUUCCGAAAAGGAGUGACCGCAUCGAAUCCCAUGGGAACGGAGUGGGUCCGAGUCUCUGGACGAAAUUUCCGGCAAGUGGACUCUGGACCGUUCGGUGUGGUGUACGGUGUUAGCAAAUCAGGAAAUCUUCGAUGCCGUAGGAAGAUCACGGGUGAAAAACUCCAGGGUACAUUCUGGCGAUCUGUGAACAGUCCUAGCUCAAUGAAAUACGUAAGUUGCGGUAGUUUCGGCUGCUGGGCCAGUGAUGGCGCAGGCAUAUGGUUCCGCGAUGGCGUCACCCAAUACAACUGUGAAGGCACCAUUUGGGAGAAGGUUCCCGGGAACCUGCCUCAGCUUGAGGUUGGAGACCACGGGGAAUUGUGGGGCAUCAAUCCGACAACGACGCUCUGGAAUCGCGUGCGGGUCAGCGAAGAUCAUCCGACCGGAAGGGGCUGGAAACGAGUUGGAAGCUUCGGGUUCAGUCACGUGAGCGUCGGUCGCCCAGGCCUUUUCGUCGUAACCGAUCAAGGAAACGCUUACAAGAAACAUGUUUGUGAAAAUGAAACGGCCAAUCAGUGCACGUCAUCUCCCUGCCGUAAUGGUGGUCAAUGUAUGAUCAGCGGUCAUACCUACAAAUGCAAAUGUACAAUCGGUUAUCGCGGUAGAAACUGUCAUAUCAAAUCCCCGUUUAAAUAUGAAUGGGUGAAGAAUCCAGGCCUUCAGAUGAAACAGGUUGAUACCGGUCUGACCAGUGCUCUCUGGGGAAUCAGUCCGGCCGGUAGGCCAAUGGUCUUCCUCAAUCAUUCCACAUGGGUUCCGGUCGGUGGUAUCUUUAGAGAUAUCUCGUCAGGCGAAGCAGGCGUGUGGGCAGUGAAGGGCGAUAGUCAGGUGUUCUAUCGUGCAGGUGUAAGCUAUCUUAACCCAACUGGCAUAAGUUGGAAGGCGGUUGGUGGCCAUCUGAGGCAAAUCGAUUCUGGUGCAAAGGGUGUGGUCUACGGUAUCGAUAAGGACAAGAAACUGAUGUGCCGAAGUGGUAUACAGAAGAACCUUCCCACCGGGUUGCGAUGGAAACCCAUCCAGGGAUCCUACAAGCACGUGACCUGCGGAUACCGUGGUUGCUGGGUCAUCACUCAGUCCAGAGAUAUAAAGUUCAGGGUUGGCAUAACAGCCAGUCACUGCAUGGGAGAUACUUGGGUCCAGGUCACACCGCCUAAGAAGAUGAGAUACAUCGAAAGCGGCAGUGAUGGUGUACUCUGGGCCGUGUCCGAAGAUGGAGAGGUCUGGUACAGAGAUGGAGUCGAUGAUCUCCACCCGUAUGGUAAUAAGUGGAAGAAGUUGAACCUUGACGGGACAUAUAAUCUGAUCACAUCUGGUCUAAACGGACAGUACGCUCUAGACCCUUCAGGCUAUGUCUUUCAUCUUGAAGUGGCUGGAUCCUGAGAGACCAAGUUUAGCAAGAUUCAAAAAUAACUACCUUGAUAUUAGCCGGUAGUUUUAGCACAUAUCUUUACAUAGGCAAUGUUACCUGACUAACCAAGAUAUACUUUUAAACCUUCGUCUAUCAUUCAAAGAUAUUUACGAGCAACUAUCUCCAUCGCGUUCCAUUCGACACACCGAUGUCCAUUUCACAGAAACGGGUACGUACAGUAAAUGGCGAGAUAUCUCUGCAAAAAUGAGAAAUACCUUGCUACUCUGAGAAUGGGAUUUCAUUGGCUGAAUGAGAUGGUUGGUUCAGUUAUUGCUGGAUGAAAAGUGCUCAUAAAUAUCUCUGUUCGGUGUAAUAUAUCAUCAUGAACAAUGAACAUAACGGCGCACAAAAUGUUAAAAAAAUGGAUAUAACCCCAAAAAGAAACUUCACCGUGACUAUUUUUUUAUCUUAAGCCUAGAGAAAUCACGAAGUGAUUUCUGGUAGAAUGUUAAAUGCACGUAAAUAACUGAUUUAUAAUAAACUUGCAAUUAACGAA